GAAGAGACUCCUCAGGAGAAAAGCUGUGAGACUCGGUGGAGACUGCUGCAUCUGACCGGGAGUUCAGGAUGAGACGGGGAAGUUAUGAUGGCUCUACUGGCUCCAUACAGCCGCAUCUGCGUGGUCUAGCUCAGAGGAGGCGUUCUGCACCGAGCCUGCUGCUGGGGAAAGCUUUGGGAAUGUCUUGGAGCCCGAUAAGGGAAGAGACUCAAUGUUUGGUGGCAGUGCAUCAGUGUCCCUUUGUGUUGGGAUUGACCAAUGAGAACUCAGAGCUGAUUCUGGACACAUGUGCUCAGCUGACCGUAGGACUAAAGACCAGAGAAAGACAUCUUUUCCUUUUCACUGACGUCUUGGUCAUUGCCAAGCUCAAGUCAAAUGCAAGCUACAGACUGAAACACAGGAUAGAUCUAAAGGACUUGUGGGUGUGCAGCUUAGAAAAUGAUGAGGAAGAGGUCGAGGAUGACGAUACAAAUGUUGAUUUAAAGAUGUCCAUCGUACUGGCCUGGUCUGUCUCUGUGUGCCUGGUGUCAUUCAGUCUGCCUGAGCUGAAGGAUCACUGGUUAGAUACUCUACACAGCAAAACUGCAGAAGCGAGAUUGAGAGCAGGCAUUGCUUCACCACCGCCCAGCGUCCUCAUGAGGGUGCUGAGUGGUAAUACCGCGAAUAAAACUCUAAGUGGAGUUGGGAUGGACUCUGUCGUAGAGCCUCUUGAUAGCAACGGCAAAAUCUCCACCUUCUCGAAGCCGUUUCAUAACCAGGAGACGCAUGCACAGCAGCCGAUUGGAGAAAAUGGAGGCAAAAAGAGCUUGUUCUCUUUUAAACUGAAGAGAAGCUCCACAAACUCAAGCAUUGCUGCACACUCAGAACCAAACUCGAAGAACUUGCUGUUUGGACGACAGCUUCAAGAUGAUAACACGCUUCCAAAACCAAUUAUUGAAAUACUCCUUAUGUUGUUCAAGAAGGGUCUGGUCACUGAGGGAGUCUUCAGAGUGCCCUGUAACAUCAAAAACCUGAGUGCCCUCAGAGAGCAGCUGAACUCCGGUGCUGAGGUGGACAUGGAAGCACUGCCUGUGACUCUCCUAGUUGGAUUGUUGAAAAUUUUCCUGAAGGAACUCCCCGGAGGCCUCCUUGUGUUUGAGCACUAUGAAAGCUGGAUCAGCGCUCUGGAGAAAGAGAGUAAGCAGGACAUUCACAGUGAGCUGAGAAGAGUGGCGGAGAAGCUUCCAAGAGCAAACAAUCUUCUGUUACAGCACCUGCUGUGUCUGUUUUAUCACAUCAGCAAGCAUUCAGACACCAACAAAAUGACUGCCCAGAACCUGGCAGUUUGCAUUGGCCCAACCCUUCUUCACCGAAACCGCAAAAGUCUAGAAAUGGAUGAUGUAGACAAGGUUGCAAAGCUUAUCCACUUCCUCAUUGAACACUGCUGUGAUGUAUUUGGACAUACAAUCGUGACUCUUCUUGGGGAUUUAAAGGAGCAGGAGUCUAUUGACAAGUCUGAUUCAGCGUGUCUGAUGUCCCCCGAAAUAUCCUUUGACAUCCACCAGCAUGACUCAGCAUACGACAGUACAGAUCCCGAUGGCGACUGUCUGGAUGCAGAUGGACAGGCUCAAGAGGACAACACGAUGCCACACGGAAGCCCAGCGAUGAGCAGGAUGGGACUUUCUGACAUUCAUUGUUGUUCCUCUGAUGCUAUAUUUGAAGCUUUUGCGAAACCUUUCGAACGACGCUGCUCCGAGCCAUCCAUCUUCCCCUUAGUCCCCACAAUGGGCUUAAGAGGGUUGGCCCGCAGCCAUGACAACUUUUCCACAGAGAAGGAAGACCUUGAGGAACAACCGCUGAAGAAGCAAAGUUCUGAUUCCUUCCUGCAUCCCCAACGCUGCAACAACAAAAGAUCACAAGCGACCUUCAAAAAACUGGUCGGAGGAUUGAACAUGGACUUACCCAUGAGAGUUUCUUCUCCCACGUCUGAGGCGUGUUCCUGCACCUCCUUCUGUUCGUCAGAUAGCACCUCUUCAAAUGUCUCAGAACAGUCGAUAACCUCGUCACCUCUUCCAUCACCUGAAAGUCCCCGCAAAGGUCAGUCUACUAGGCACGCAUCCUUUAUGAGCAAGACUAGAGCUAACCCCGCAAAAGGAGAGCUGGAAGGAAAUCGACGAUCUCUCUCGAUGAGAGCCAAAAGUCUUAGCAUUAUCUUCCCGUUCAACAGAGGAAGUCUGAAAAUGGGCGAGUCCCAGAAAGACGUCAUCUUUCCAUGUGGAACUCUUCCGGAGGACUCCCAAAGCGAGGCAGAGAACCCUGAUGAGCUCGUUCGGCGACGAAGGCCUCUGUCUGCCAUUGAGGUCUUCCAACAUGUGGACAGUCGGAUGCCGUGCAACCCCCCGUCCUAUGAGCAGGCACUUCAGAAUGGAGCCCAGCCGGCCCCCCCUCAGUACAGCACCAUGACGGUUCAACGUGCCAGAUAUCUGGGCAGGAAAUCUCGACCCAUCUCAAUGAACGAUGACCUGCUGGGCAUUUGUCAAGUUACCGAACCCACAGAAUACACAGAAACAUUUACAGAAAGCUCUCAAUUAGAUGAAGCGCAGCCGGUUGCUUUCCGGCAAAGAGCUAUGUCGGAAUCAGUUCACCAGUCGAGACAUGAAAGAGCGUCACAUAGGUGUAGUCAGCCCGUGUUUGAAGAGUUUUCCUAUGCAAAAGAAUCUUAUGUGUGAGUGUUUCUUUAUGCAUCGCAAUGACAUACUCCUUUUAGCAUAGAUGCAGAACUAGCCUGCAACAGUUAAACUAAAAUAUUUCACUUAUAAGUGGUUUCAUAUGCUAAUAAUGUUUUAACUCUUGCCAGUAUGAAGCUAUGUAAAUAGACCAGUUCCUACAGUAUAUUGCAAUUGUAUAGUAAAAUAAUAUAAAGUGGUAACAGGAUGAAUAAUUUUGAUAUAGUCAGAAUGUACAGUUGUAAAUUACAGUGUUUUGUGUCAUUGCUACUCUUUGUUUCACUACAAUAAAGACUUUCAGAGGACACAUUGUUGGAUGUUUGUAAUAGCUGUUUAUAUGAAUCAUAAUGUUCUGUGGACUUCAGAGACCUAAUAAUGUACAUGUAGAAAUAAUAAAAGUUCCUCUGACCUUUUCCAAACCUAGCAAGCAGAUAUGUAUUAUAAAGUAAUCGUGAACUUUUCAUGAUGUGACACAGAUUUUACAGUCGUUUCUACAUUUUACAUCUGUGGUCUUUGACAGCCCAACCACAGGAAAUGUAACCUUUCAUACAGGUUGUUUAAAGCCAGUUAUCAACAUGAAAUGUUGCCAGCAAUCAGUUUUUAUGAGAAUCGUAAAGGUUAGAGAGUAUCAAGCUGAUACUCCAAUGUUAAGUAGAUUUUUCAAGCUAUCCAAAGUCUUGGGGUCUCGGAAAUCUCAAUGGGAAGCAUACGUUGGGAUCCGAUCAAAAUUGAUUCCUUUGAGAGAUCCGACAGAGGAACCGACAGAGAUGGGUCGCUUUCAAACAGACGGUUAUUUUGAUUGGCCGUGUUCCUCAUGCUGGCAUGAGGGUUGCAUAACAUGGAGAACAAAAUGUCAAUGAGAACAACGUGUUCUGUGUUGCAGAGGAAGUCGAUGAUCAUGUGGACUGAUUUGGUUUUUCGCUGAAUUUGGUCUGUUGCUUCACUCGGCUGCUAUAGAUAUGCCCCCGUUUCCUCUUUUUCAGCCGUACCGAGAAACAAACUGCACAGUGUCAGAUGUCUGUCUCUUAUGGUUUCUAGAGUAAAUGUGCUCGCGUCUGUCUGUAUAUGGGUAGUGUUGAUGGCAACUUUUGAAGACGCUAAUGCUCUCAUUACCCUUUUAGUUGUUCGGAGAUGUUUUCAUUGCAUAUGCGUGCACAGUUUUUGUAAGUUAAAAAAAGUGUUAAAUGCUAAAACGCUGUGGUAGAUAAGCACCAUUUGCUCACUUAAGAAGUAGCUGAAACGUCUGUGUCUUUGUCCCCCAAUAAUU